UAGUGUUGAUAUGUUGAUACCUCCUGAUGAAGAAAAGGACCCAGAAGUGAUUCCUGAAGAUAGCGCUCUAUUAACUCUUCGAAUUAGAAAGAAGGCGCUAGAGAGGCGAGAAGAAACCAUAAUUGUGGAUCGGGCUUGCAGACAAGAAACACUUGCUUAUGAGAUGGAGUCUCAUGCAAUUGGAAAGAGACCAGACAAUCCAGCAGAUCUAGUUGAGGAGGGAGAGCUGCUUUUGACUCUCAAUAUCUUCUAUCCCGUCAUAUUUCAGAAGCAUAAAGAUCACAAGCCCUUUCAGACGGUCCUUGUACUGGGCAGUCAGAAUCUCACUGAGCUGAGAGACUCUAUUUCCUGCGUCAGUGACCUCCAGAUAGGUGGUGAGUUCAGCAGUCAGCCAGAUCAAGCUCCAGAGCACAUCAGCAAGGAUCUCUACAAAUCUGCUUUCUUUUAUUUUGAAGGCAUCUUUUAUAAUGAUAAAAGAUACCCAGAAUGCAGAGAUCUGAGCAGGACAAUCAUUGAGUGGUCAGAAUCUCAUGACAGAGGCUAUGGAAACCUUCAGUCUGCCAAGAUGGAUGCUUUUAUCUUCGAUGUUUGUGCUUAUGUUCAGAUCAGUUCAAAUGUGGCUGUAUCUUUAUUUUGUCUUUUUUUCCUUUUUUUUUUUUCCCCAAGGCUUAUUCACCAUGAUGACUGCCUAGACAGGAACCUCUAUCCCAUGUUGAUAAAGAAACACUGGUUAUGUACCAGAAAGUGCUUUGUAUGCAAAAUGUACACAGCCAGGUGGGUAACCAACCAAGACAGUCUGGCACCAGAGGAUCCUUGUUUCUUCUGUGAUGUCUGCUUUCGAAUGCUCCACUACGAUGCAGAAGGCAAUAAACUGGGGGAGUUUCUUGCGUAUCCUUAUGUUGAUCCUGGGAUUUUCAAUUAG